AUGGCCAAAGAGGCUGAGGGACCCACACCCGUCAUGACCGAAUCUGUGGACGAGGGGGAUGUUAUGGAGCAGACAGCUGGAGGACCCACUGUCAUGACUGAAUCUGUGGAAGAGGAUGAAAUUACGGAGCAGACAGCUAAUGGGCCAUCAGUCAUGACCGAAUCUGUGGACGAGGGUGAAUCCGAUAUUAUGGAGCAGACAACUGGAGGACCCACUGUCAUGCCUGAAUCUGUGGACGAGGGUGAAAUUGAGGAGCAGGCUGCUGACGGGCCGUCUGUCAUGACCGAAUCUGUGGAAGAGGCGGAAAUUGAGGAGCAGGCGGCAGAAGGACCGUCUGUGGCGACCGAAUAUCUGGACGAGGAUGAAAUUAAGGAACAGGCAGCUGAAGGGCCGACUGUCGUUACCGGAUCUGUGGCAGCCAGUCCUGAUACUGGAGUGGACAGGUAG